AUGGGGUUAUUGAACGGCUAUGAAUCAGACGACGACGAGAGCGACCGGAACGAGGGAAUAGUAAACGGAGCAAAAAAAGUGAAUUCUGGACGAGUCCAGAAGCCGCUGGCGCACAAAUCGUCGCUCGCCAAGCUGGAUCUUGGCAAGGUGUUGGGUAUCAAGCAGGUCGCAAAGCUUGAGGCGGCGGAAAAUCGCAUCGAUGUGGACCAAUUGCGAGUUGCCGAGAAAGUACGGGAAAGUAUUGAGGAUGAAGGUGCACAGGAGACAGAAACGAGGCCUGCUGACGAAUCAGACUCGUCCAAGAUGGUGGAGUUUGACAUGGCCAAGUUCUAUGCCGAGAAUCAUAAACUUAUCAGUUCCGGUAAGCUCGACCACAGGAAGAUCGUUCUACAGAACUCGCGUGCCACAUAUUACGGUGUCGGGAACAACAACCUGUCAAAUGUGAUUAGUUUUACGGAGAAAAACAGCGACAAGAUUCAGCGCCAAAUUGAGUCUGACAGGCGGAAACUGGCCGCAAAGGGCAGGCGUGGGGACAGAUAG